AUGAAGCUGGGCAAGUGGAUGUUCUGGCGGCCGGAUGAGCGUCGCGUGCUGAUGCUGGGCUUCGACUACGCGGGCAAGACGACCCUUCUGUACCGAUGGGUCCUCGAUGAGCCAAUCACGGCCAUUCCCACCAUCGGCUUCAACGUCGAGACCAUCAAACAUCCCGGAGGCUACGCAUUCCAAGUGUGGGACGUUGGGGGUUGGCUCGGGUCCUCUGAAUGCCUCAUCUACAUGCACAAUUGCUCAGAGAUGGAGAGGCUCGAUGAGCAGGUGGGUGUGCUCAAGACCGUCAUCACCGACGACGAGAUGCUCGCUGUGCCGGUCCUGGUUGUGCUCAACGUGCAAGACCUGAUGCAGCCGGCGGCCAAGGCCGAACACAUGGCUAAGAUCCUGGCGGCAUACGCAGAGCUCAUCGCGACGUGCAGGAGACCAGGGUCGAUCAGGAUUUUCAACCAGCCCGGCUUCUCCGCCAAGACGGCCGAGAAUCCUAGGAUUAUCCUAGACGAGGUCGUGAAGAUGCUGGAGGACCAGAACGGCGGUGCUGCUGCGCUCCCAGCGAAAAAGAAGACGGACGCAGAAAACGCCAACCCAACGGCCCUCGCUUUGGAUGCUGAGCGAGUAAAGACGAUGGUGGAGGCUGACUCCAUGACGACAGACGGCUUCUGGCAGGCUUUCGAGGACGGAUCGCUAGCGCCAUGGGAUCACUACAAUCACCUCAAGGCUGGCUUCUUCGUGUUGAUGGAAGCCUUUGAGCAAGGGUGCGGCGUUCUCGAAGCCGCCGAGACCUUCAUCGGCCACUUGGAGCGGCUGCGAGCGGGGAACCCGCAGCGUUUCCGCAACACGACCCAUCGCACAAUGACCAUCUUCUGGCUGGCGCAGCUCCACGUCGCCGCCGCCAACUAUAUCAACACGCUCAACACCAAGCGGGCGCUGCGGCGGGACGACUUCAAGGACGUCCUGUUGCACAGCCCCCAACUCACGGAUGCCAGGCUGUGGAGCACGUACUACUCCAAGGCCAUCUUGUUCGCCAAGGAGCCCAGGGAGCGAUGGUGUCUGCCGGACCUGAAGCCGCUGCCGUCCGUCGCGGUGACGGCCGCGAAGCGCCGCCAGAAACCAGGCCAGCCGCCCGCCGCCGUCGGCGUCGCGGACCGGCUCAUCAGUUUCGGUCUGACCGUCGUCCAGCAGACGCUGACGUCCAAGGCGCGCCGCGGGCCCAUUGUCAAGGCUGCCCUCGCCGCGCUGGAAUCCUCAACGAUGCGGGAGCGCGCCGUCACCGCUGCCAUCCCGCCGUACUCCGAGACGCAGGCGUAUUUCUGGGUGCAAAUGGUCCACGCCGCCAUCGCCACAGCCGCCUCUCCCGAGAAUGCUGCGAAGAGAGAAGAUGAGAAGCACGAGUGGUCCGGGUCGGUGGAGGCGCUAACGCUCCCGGCGUUCAAGGCCCUCUACAGCAUCACCGGGGACGAGUGGCGCGCGCACUACUCGACGAAGCUGUGGGAAAGCCUCGGGGCGCGGAUGCAGUUCUGCCCGCCGGACAGGAAGCCCCUGCCCAACGUCGUGGCCGUGUUCGAUAAGACGGGCGUCAGCGAGGCGCGUGGCGUCAUGGUCGAGAAGCAGGUCUCAGAGAGCGAGCCGGGCGACGCGGAGCUUCCGCUGGCAAAGGACCUGGCGGUCAUGGCGGCGGUGCUGGCGCAGGAGGUCGUGGACGGAUCGAGCAGUGGGCACGGGGCGAUGAUGCAGUCGCUCUUUGAGGUGAUGCAUUCGAAGGCGACGGAUGAGGAGGAGAGGGAGCAGGUCGCGAGCCGCAAGCGACGGUCGCGGGCCAUCGCGGCAGCCCUAGAGGUGCCGUGUCCCGGCAUCGACGGCCUGACGCAGAGAGUGUUUUGGGUGCAGCAAAUGCUCCUGGCCGUUGGCGGGCUCGAUGGAGGAGCGAACUUUGGGGAUUUCAUCCGAACAAACGCGCAUCUGGCGUACAAGGACCUCGCGUUGGUGUACUACUCGCCGAUGCUGUGGGCGAGCGAGGAGGCCAAGGCGGUGUACAUAGCGCCGGACCGCAAGGCUCUCAGCAGCCUGGUGAGUUGA